AUGAAUUACUUAAAAUACUUGAUAAUCCUGAUAAAAAUUGGAAUGAUAAUUAAUGAAUGUGAUAGUUAUGAAUUUUAAUCAGUUUUUCUUUAAAUGCUUGAAUUGCCCAAUAAGUAAUUUAUCAGUAUCUAAAAAAGCGAGCACUUAGGCUCUAGAAAUAGCUUUCCUUAACAACUAAUCUAAACUGAUAAUCUUAGAGACUAAAUCUAUUCUGUAAGUUAUGAUUACGCAUUGCCUCAAAAUUCUUAUCAAAUAGUUCUUGGAAUUUAAUAAGAUUUAAAUUAUUGUGAAUUUAAAAUGGGAACAUAAAAGCGAUUCUCUUAGUAAAUAAGUAUAUCUAUUUCAACUUACUUAAGUGAAUGUAGUUUAUAUCUAUCUAUAUAUAUAUAAAUCUAUUUCGAGAUGUGCUAACUACUCAAUAUAUAUUAUGAGUAUUAUGGUUUAAUUUUUAAAUAAAAAAAUAACAAAGAUUUUAAUUAAUGAAGGGCCAAGCUGAUUAAAAGAAGGAAGCAACAAAAACAGUCAAGAAAGUUAAGACAACCAAUAAAAGUGCACCAGUGAGGUAGAGUUGAAUACUAAAUGUAGAUUAUGGGCUAAGGCUGCAUUCACAGGUUUCAGAAGAUCAAAGGUUUAAUAAAAUGAGAAUUAAGCAUUGCUCAAAAUUCAACAUGUGGAAGAUGUUGCUUCAAGCAGAUUCUACUGGGGAAAGAGAGUUGCAUACAUUUAUAAGGCCCACACACUUAAGAGCAACACAAAAUUCAGAGUAUGAAUUAAUUUAAUUCAGACUAUUUGGGGUCGUAUUAGUAGAUCACAUGGAUCAAAUGGAGUUGUGAUUGCUCAUUUUGGCAAAAAUCUUCCACCAAGAGCUAUCGGAUCAACCCUCAGAGUAUUCCUCUAUCCAAACAGAGCUUGAAAAUACACACAUACAAUACAAAAUAAUACAGUAAUCAAUUUU